GAUACUAAACUACCAACGUCAUCGAAUAUACCAAAACCGGGUGGAUUUAGUUUCAAUCUAGGCAAAUAGUAGCUUAAUUGAUUUGUAAAAUAGAGUUAUUCAUUUAGCAGUUUGUUACGCCGAAUAGUUUUGCCGGAAUAAAUAAGAACCAAUAUUGAUUCAAUUUCUAUCUCUGAGAAUAACGAUCAAGAGUGAACUCAGAAUGCUGAAAAACAUAAACAGAUUAAAUAAGAAUAUUUCCAGAGAUUUAUAUAAUAGGUCAUCUCUUAUUCGUCGACAAGGAAUUAAGUCAUAUUCGUCACAUUCGACACAUUCUACACCAAAUGAAUCAACUGUUAAUAGUAAACUUAUAUUCACAACUGGUGCUAUAUUAACAGGAUUUGGAUUGGUUUAUUUCAAUAACUACCAAGGUUCUGCUAAUCAAGCUAUCGCGAAAGUUGAAGAGAAGUUACCAGUUGAUUCAGCUUCACGUGACUAUCAGAAAGUUUAUAAUGCUAUUGUAGAUGUAUUGGAAACAGAGGACUAUGAUGAUGGCUCAUUUGCUCCUGUUCUCCUCAGAUUAGCUUGGCAUGCAAGCGGUACUUACAGCAAGUAUGACAAAGCCAACCCAGGUGGAUCAAACAAAGCUACGAUGCGUUUCAAGGCUGAAGCAAAAGAUGAGGCAAAUGCAGGUUUAGAAAUCGGUAGAGAUCUUCUGAACAACAAAGUAAAACCACAGUUCCCAUGGAUUUCAUAUGGCGAUUUAUGGACCUUAGCCGGUGUUGUUGGAUUGCAAGAAAUGGGUGGUCCAAAGGUUGCUUGGCGCCCUGGCCGUAUAGAUGGUACAGAUGAACGUGAAGCAAUUACGAAUAGGCUUCCAGAUGGUGCUAAAGAUGAGCAUCAUAUUCAAAACAUAUUCAAUAGAUUAGGAUUUAAUGACAGAGAAGCAGUUUGCUUGAUUGGUGCUCAUGCAGUUGGUAGAACCCAUAAAGAUCGUAGCGGAUUUGAAGGUCCUUGGACAUUCAGUCCAAUCUCCUUCUCUAAUCAAUUUUACAAACUGUUACUUGAAUCCGAUUGGAAAGAAAAACAAUGGGAUGGACCAAAACAGUACGAAGAUCAAGAGACAAAAUCUUUAAUGAUGCUUCCAACAGAUUACGCGCUUAGAACAAGUGAGCGUUACAGACCAUACGUUGAAAAAUAUGCGGAAAAUGAGGACUUAUUCUUUGAAGAUUUCGCCAAAGCUUUUGCAAAAUUAAUUGAAUUGGGAGUACCCCUCAAACAAUUUGAGCAUUCACCGCCAGUAUUUUUUAAAACCUCAGAUGAAGUUGAUUCAUAAUCAUGUAGAGAAAUUUCUAUGUAUGAUUUUAGUUUGCAAAG